AUGACAAACCAACCGACUCAUCACGCCAUCCUGGUAGGAAUAAAUGCCUAUCCAGACAGACCCUUGAAUGGCUGUGUACGAGAUGUCCAACAGAUCAAGUCAGUGCUUGAGCGACAUACUAUUCCAAUAAACAUCAAAUGCUUCACUGCUACUACGAGCUCGCAACCCGACAAGCCUAGGCCAGAGGAGGAUCCUGUUCUCUGGCCAACUCACAGCAAUGUGACAGCUGCUAUUAGAGAAGUCACGGCGACUGCACAGCCUGGCCACUGUGUUUAUAUCCAUUUCUCAGGACAUGGCACCAGAAUAGCGCCAAUGAGCGAAUUUUCUGACCACGGGACUGGAGACCUGGCACUUGCUUUACUGAACAAAGAUGCGACUAUGGUCCAGCCACUUGGUGGUCACAGACUGGCUAUAGCACUCAAUGCCAUGGUGAACAAGGGAUUAGUCGUUACCCUUGUUCUGGAUUGCUGCUUUGCUGCGAGUAUCUAUCGGUUGGAACGCAAAAAUGUUCGAUUCCUUCCCUUCGACGCUGAAACAUUUGUCGCUGGUCAUGAUGAGCCUUCCGAGGCUGCUGAGACCACUGAGCAAACCCCUUCCGGUUACAGAGAUGUAUCUAUGCAACCUAGUUGGCUAAUCGAUCCGAAUGGUUAUGCUAUUCUCGCAGCCUGCGGUCCACACGAAGAGGCAACAGAGGUCAUCCAGGCCGGAGUGGAACAUGGUGCAUUAUCCUUCUUUCUAGCACGCAGCCUCCAGAACUUUGGGGUAAAUAAGAGACACCGGGACGUCUUCUAUCGUCUUUUGCCAAGUUUCAAGGCAAACGAACUGGAGCAGACCCCGGCCCUGUAUGGAAAUAAGAAUCAAGAGUUCUUCGGACCGCACACCCUCACAACGACACGUACUGUCAUACCGGCCUACAAGAGUAAACAAGAAACUUUUACUCUAGAAGCUGGACAAGCGCAUGGGUUCAGAGAAGGGGAUGACUUCAUUCUGUAUCCCUCUGGGGUGGUCGAUAACAACAUCGCAUUACACAAUAAUGUGAUAGCUGCUAGAAUCAGCAACCUCGGACCUCUCACAUCUGUGCUGCAUCUUACGGAUGGGAGGAAGAUAACCGAGACUAAGUUCGUUGCUGAGCCUCAGUCCAGGCAGUGCUUCCAUGAUUUCCCUAUAACUCUGAGUGACGAGGUUCCCAAACCUGAAGAGUGGAUUGCAGCUUUUCGGAGUUAUUCACUUGCGGCAUACCGUGCUUCAGAAGGACGCCCUGCUUGGCUUACUCUGCAGGUUAUUGGUGAUGAGUACAAAAUAUACAACAAACACGGUCAGCAACUCGAUAAUAUCCCAGUGUUGCAACGAGGCGUUGUUGGUCCAGAAGACGUUGCUGCUCUAUUCGAACACAUAGUGCGAUACGAAUUUGUAAAGACACUCAAAAAUGAUUCUGUAUCCGCCAAGUUUCGAUCUUUAUUUGAGGUCAGCAUAAAAACUCGAACCGCAGACAUCUUCACACCAGACAACGUCGUUGACGUCGAAGAAGAUACCCACAACAAGUAUAUGUUCGAGCUAAUUGUGCAAAACAAAUGUCCCGAAGAACUAUACCUACACAUAUUCAACCUUGGCCCUUUCUGGCAAGUAGAAGACGUGUUCUACGGGACUGCAGUGCUUCCUCCGCAGACAUUCGGGGACCAAUUCACAGGAAAGUUCAGCAAGAAGAUGAGGACUAUGGUGCCCAAGGAAAUGAGGGCGAUGGGUUCAAGGCAGUGCGAGGAUAUUUUGAAGGUGAUUGUGACAUCUCACCCCACGUCUUUUGACAUGUUGGAGCUUCCUAAGAUUAGGGGUUCGCCGAAAAAGCCGGUAGUUGAUGAACAUCGAACAACCAUCAAGGAAGCCCAGGGGUGGAUGGCCUUCAAUUUUCCAGUGCGUACCUCGAUACCGGUACUUUAG